GGGUUAAUUUAAGCCACGUUUAUCCUCUUUAUAUGCUCUUCGGCCGACCAUUUCCAGUAGCUUAAAAGAAAGAGGUGGGAAAAAUGGUCUCUUCUCUUUGCAAUUUCUAAAAGAAAAGACCCCUUUUAGUAUAUUUAUCUCUCUUUUAUCCAUUUCAGCCUUUUUCUGUACUUUUUCAUCACUUCUUUUAGAUAGCUUAGUAGGAGAGAUGGCUAAACUUUUGGCUCAGUCGGCUGUUGUUCCUGCUCUAGCUACCGGUCGAAGUCAUGGUCCAUCCAAACAAUCUGGAAAAUCGAAAAGGUCUGCUAAGAUGAUGUGCACUUUAACAACACCUGGAUUGACUAUACGUAGUUUCUCUGGGUUGCGUGGUUUGACUUCAUUAGGUAAUAUGGUCAGAGUCGGCCAAGAUUUCCAUUCUAAGGUUGCAAUUUCGAUCUCUUCUCGACGUGGUAGAGGAAGCCGAUGUGUGCCUAAAGCCAUGUUCGAGCGCUUUACUGAGAAAGCAAUUAAGGUAAUCAUGCUUGCUCAAGAGGAAGCCAGACGACUUGGUCAUAAUUUUGUUGGUACCGAGCAAAUUUUGUUGGGCCUUAUUGGUGAAGGUACUGGCAUUGCCGCAAAAGUCCUGAAAUCCAUGGGGAUCAAUCUUAAAGAUGCGCGAGUUGAAGUCGAGAAGAUAAUUGGAAGGGGCAGUGGUUUUGUUGCUGUGGAGAUUCCAUUUACUCCUCGUGCCAAACGUGUUCUGGAACUCUCGUUGGAAGAAGCUCGCCAACUUGGCCAUAACUAUAUUGGAUCCGAGCAUCUUCUUCUUGGUUUGCUUCGUGAAGGUGAAGGUGUUGCAGCCCGUGUUCUUGAGAAUUUGGGUGCUGACCCAAGUAACAUCCGCACCCAGGUUAUUCGUAUGGUUGGUGAGGGCAACGAAGUUAGUGUCGUUACAGGAGGAUCAACUGGAAACACGAAAAUGCCAACACUUGAGGAAUAUGGAACCAAUUUAACCAAGUUAGCUGAAGAAGGUAAAUUGGAUCCUGUUGUCGGAAGGCAGGAUCAAAUUGAACGUGUUGUCCAAAUAUUGGGUAGAAGGACCAAAAACAACCCAUGUCUUAUUGGAGAACCUGGUGUUGGAAAAACUGCUAUUGCCGAAGGCCUUGCUCAACGAAUUGCUAGCGGUGAUGUUCCUGAGACAAUUGAGGGCAAGAAGAUUAUAAAUCUUGAUAUGGGUCUGCUUGUUGCUGGAACAAAAUAUCGUGGAGAGUUUGAGGAGAGAUUGAAGAAGCUAAUGGAGGAAAUCAAGCAAAGUGAUGAAAUAAUGUUGUUUAUCGAUGAGGUUCACACUUUGAUUGGAGCAGGAGCAGCUGAAGGUGCCAUUGAUGCAGCCAAUAUCUUGAAGCCUGCUCUUGCAAGAGGUGAAUUGCAGUGUAUUGGAGCUACAACACUUGAUGAAUACCGAAAGCAUAUUGAGAAAGACCCAGCUUUGGAAAGACGCUUUCAGCCAGUCAAAGUGCCCGAACCAUCUGUAGAUGAAACUGUACAGAUUUUGAAAGGUUUGCGGGAGCGUUAUGAGAUUCACCACAAGCUUCGUUACACGGAUGAGGCACUAGUCGCUGCUGCACAGCUGUCAUACCAGUACAUCAGCGACCGUUUUCUACCUGAUAAAGCAAUCGACUUGAUUGAUGAAGCUGGGUCUCGUGUUCGCCUUCGUCAUGCGCAGCUCCCUGAGGAAGCUAAAGAGCUUGAUAAAGAGCUUCGACAGAUAACAAAGUCGAAGAACGAAGCAGUUCGUGGCCAGGACUUUGAGAAGGCUGGGGAAUUACGUGAUCGAGAAAUUGAGCUCAGGGCUCAAAUAACUGCAAUCCAAGAGAAAGACAAGGAGAUGAACAAAGCAGAGGCUGAGGCAGGGGAAGGAGGGCCUGUUGUGACCGAAGCGGACAUUCAGCAUAUAGUCUCUUCGUGGACUGGUAUUCCUGUUGAAAAAGUAUCUACCGAUGAAUCUGACCGUCUGCUUAAAAUGGAAGAGACACUUCAUAAACGAGUCAUUGGUCAGGAUGAAGCUGUCAAAGCCAUUAGCCGUGCUAUUCGACGUGCUCGUGUUGGUCUCAAGAACCCCAACCGCCCAAUUGCCAGCUUCAUCUUCUCUGGGCCAACUGGUGUAGGAAAGUCGGAACUAGCAAAGGCACUGGCUGCUUACUAUUUCGGCUCCGAAGAAGCCAUGAUCCGACUCGAUAUGAGUGAGUUCAUGGAAAGGCACACAGUUUCCAAGCUCAUAGGUUCACCCCCUGGGUAUGUUGGCUAUACCGAGGGUGGUCAGCUAACUGAGGCUGUCCGGAGGCGACCAUACACCGUUGUACUUUUUGAUGAGAUUGAGAAAGCCCAUCCCGAUGUUUUCAACAUGAUGCUCCAGAUUCUCGAGGAUGGGAGGUUGACAGAUAGUAAAGGAAGAACUGUGGAUUUCAAGAACACUCUUCUGAUAAUGACAUCGAAUGUCGGAAGCAGCGUGAUUGAAAAGGGUGGACGUCGGAUAGGAUUUGAUCUUGAUUACGACGAGAAGGACAGCAGUUACAACAGGAUAAAGAGCCUGGUGACAGAAGAACUGAAGCAAUAUUUCAGGCCGGAGUUCUUGAACAGAUUAGAUGAGAUGAUUGUUUUCAGGCAGCUGACCAAGUUGGAAGUCAAGGAGAUUGCCGACAUAAUGCUCAAGGAAGUCUUUGACCGGCUUAAAAACAAAGAAAUCGAGCUUCAAGUGACGGAGAGGUUUAGAGAGAGGGUGGUGGAGGAAGGAUACAAUCCAAGCUACGGAGCGAGGCCUUUGAGAAGAGCCAUUAUGAGACUUCUCGAGGACAGCAUGGCAGAGAAGAUGCUUGCAAGGGAAAUCAAGGAAGGCGAUUCGGUAAUCGUGGAUGUGGACUCGGACGGAAAUGUCACGGUUCUCAAUGGUAGCAGCGGAACUCCGGAGUCGUCGGAAGAUCUGGUUCCAGCUGGGUAAAAACCAAAUUGAAAACCCUUUUUUCUCUAAAGGAAAUUAACGGCCAAGAGAAUCAACAAUAUGUUUGAAAACUCUGUAGUUCACAAAUUAAUAUGUAUAAUACUUCGAGGGUGAAGUCAAA